AUGAACUGCAUGUAUCGUCACGGUGGAUUAUCACCAGCUCGUUUGAGUAGUGAAUCCACCAGCAAAGUAUACCUUGGUCCUAUCCUAGCAUUAGGCAUAAACCGAUUGCAUCUGAACAAUGGUGCGUGGAAUGGAUGCUCCGGCGGAUCAAGUACUGAAAAUCAACAGACCAUGGAGUGUUUCUGCACCUCCUCAAAUUUAAAUAAUUUCAACACAUGUUACAAUUGUGAAGUUCAAAAUGGAGAUUGGCCCUCUUCAUAUCCCACUCCAUCUCAGGUUCAGGCAGCCUGUCAAGGCUAUGGAUACGGGACAACUAGCAUUAAUAGUGGCACUGUUCCAACUAGUAUUAAUAGUGAAACUGUUCCAACUAGUAUUAAUAGUGAUGCUGUUCCAUCACAAGGAUCAAGUUCUAGUCCAACCGGGAACCCUUUGAAAAAAUCAUCUGCGGCUACCCGAGUAUCACCGCAUAUAAGCCUGAUAAUCAUUAUUGGUGUUAUUAUCUUGGGAUUAUUCUUUUAG